AGCCGCGGUCUAGCGCAGCGUCUCCGCCUCUGCCGGCGGAGACCUAGAGCUGGAGCGACCGCCGGGCCGACCUCGGCCCCAGAGCGAGAGUGAGCGCCCGGUGCGCAGCGAGCCCCGGAGCCCGGCGGGCCGCAGCGAUGUUCCCCAAGGAGGCGACGUGGAACAUCUCGUUCGCGGGCUGCGGCUUCCUCGGCGUCUACCACAUCGGCGUGGCCUCCUGCCUCCGCGAGCACGCGCCCUUCCUGGUGGCCAACGCCACGCACAUCUACGGCGCCUCGGCCGGGGCGCUCACGGCCACGGCGCUGGUCACCGGAGCCUGCCUGGGCGAGGCAGGUGCCAACAUCAUCGAGGUGUCUAAGGAAGCCCGGAAGCGGUUCCUGGGUCCACUGCACCCCUCCUUCAACCUGGUAAAGACUAUCCGUGGUUGCCUGCUGAAGACCCUGCCUGCUGACUGCCACGAGCGUGCCAGUGGGCGCCUGGGCAUCUCCCUGACCCGUGUCUCUGAUGGCGAGAACGUCAUUAUAUCCCACUUCAACUCCAAGGAUGAGCUCAUCCAGGCCAAUGUCUGCAGCACCUUCAUCCCUGUGUACUGUGGCCUCAUCCCUCCCUCCCUCCAGGGCGUACGCUAUGUUGAUGGUGGCAUCUCAGACAACCUGCCACUCUAUGAGCUCAAGAACACUAUCACCGUGUCCCCCUUUUCGGGGGAGAGUGACAUCUGCCCACAGGACAGCUCCACCAACAUCCAUGAGCUCCGGGUCACCAACACCAGCAUCCAGUUCAACCUGCGCAAUUUGUACCGCUUGUCCAAGGCCUUGUUCCCGCCCGAGCCCACAGUGCUGCGAGAGAUGUGCAAGCAGGGCUAUAGGGAUGGCCUGCGUUUUCUGAGGCGCAACGGCCUCCUGAACCGGCCCAACCCUCUGCUGGCGCUGCCCCCUGCACACCCCCCUCCCCCCAAGGACGAGGAUAUGGAGGAUGCUCAGGCGGCCACAGAGAGGGCCCCAGUGGACAGCCACUUGCAGCCACCCCUGGAGGAUCACAUCCUAGAGCAUCUGCCUUCACGGCUCAAUGAGGCCCUGCUGGAGGCCUGCAUAGAGCCCAAGGACCUGCUGACCACCUUCUCCAACAUGUUGCCUGUGCGUCUGGCCACAGCCAUGAUGGUGCCCUACACUCUGCCACUGGAAAGCGCGGUGUCCUUCACCAUCCGCUUGCUGGAGUGGCUGCCUGACGUCCCUGAGGACAUCCGGUGGAUGAAGGAGCAGACGGGUAGCAUCUGCCAGUACCUGGUGAUGCGAGCCAAGAGGAAGCUGGGCAGCCACCUGCCCGCCAGGCUGUCAGAGCAGAUGGAGCUACGCCGCACGCAGUCGCUGCCCUCUGUGUCGCUGUCCUGUACGGCCUACAGUGAGGCGCUGCCCGGCUGGAUGCGCAACAGCCUGUCGCUAGGGGACGCGCUGGCCAAGUGGGAGGAACGCCAGCGCCAGCUGCUCCUGGGCCUUCUCUGCACCAACGUGGCCUUCCCGCCGGAUGCCCUGCGCAUGCGUGCUCCCGCCAGCCCUGCCCCCACGCCCCCACAGCUCCCACCCGCCGUGCCCCCUUGCUGAGCGCCCUUGCUCCACCCUUCCCCAGCCCCCUGGGGCCCCGGUGCUGAGGGCUGGGCCCCCCAGCUUCCCUGCCCUGUGAGGUGGGGCCCUGGGGUGGGCUGAGGACCCCCCCCCCCCACUCCCGGGCCUCUCUCCAUUACCCCUGCAGCAGGAAGGAGAUGGGGUCCCUCACAGCUGCUAGAAGGGCACUUGCUAUCAACCCCCUCCACCAACCACUCACGGGCUGCACCUGUGCCUUAGUCUCCCCCUCAGGCCCCACCCCAGAACUGGGGAGGAGGGUGGGGCUGCACUUCCUGGGGCCCCCAAGUCAGUGCAGUAUUACCCCGGAGAACUUUGCACCUGCUCCUCCCUCCUCAUUUGUCAUGUUUUGCUGAAGAAUGUAUGUGAAGAAUUAUUUAUUUUCGCCAAAGCAUAUGUAAUAAAUGACAUGGCUCAGCCCCGCCUCCUUCACUCGUGUGUGACUCCCUGGCCAAUGUCUCUACUUCGGGUCAGGCUUUCAGGGGUCCUGUGCUCCUUGAGCCUGGCAUUCGGUCCUGCCAGCCAGGCCUGAGGCCUUCCCUUAAAGGCCCUCGUGGGCCUCCUGGGUUCUAGUGCACUUCUCUGGCUGGGGCCCGUACGUUUGCCCCACUUUGUCCUGAGGUCUGCUGGCGGGCCCUUGGGCACAGCUUUCCAAGGGCCAGCAGAAAUAUUGGGACCAAGAUCCCUGCUAAAUAAAAACUAAGAAAUGUUUACAAAA